ACAGAGGAACCCGCUGUGUCUUCGUCUUCAAGCGAAAACCCAUAUUUGGGUCAUUUUAGUGUUGUGGGGUUAUUGAUAUUCUUAAUCCUUUCAUUUGAUAAUAAUGGGAAGAAAGAGGAGUUCGCCUGUGAGCGUUUUGUUUGGAUGGGUAAGGAAGCAAUCUAUGAAAGUCAAAAUCUUUCUUGGGGUAUUUCUUGCUCUCUGUGCUUUGGUGGCUCUCAAGUUUACGAUCAAGGAUCACAAUUAUUUCUUUAUUUCCUCCGAAGCCGUUCACCUUGCUGGGAUUCUUGUCCUGUUUUACAAGCUUCUUACCCAGAAGACAUGCUCCGGUCUAUCACUGAAGAUGCAGGAGCUCACAGCUCUGUUCUUAUCUGCGCGAUUAAUUUGCAGCUUCUUGAUGGAGCAUGACAUCCACACCGUGCUGGAUUUCAUCUCUCUGUCGUUAACAUUACUGGUCAUAUACUGGAUCAGGUUCAAGUUGAAAUCAUCCUAUAUCAAGGAGCUUGACGACUUGAGGCUCUCAUUUGUGGUGGUGCCUGCAGCAAUCCUUGCAGCAUUGAUCAAUCCCACCACAAAACAUCAUAAAUUGAGUAAUGUCCUUUGGGCAUUUUGUGUGUAUUUGGAGGCUGUUUCUGUACUGCCUCAAGUUCGCUUCAUGCAGAAUGCAAAGAUCGUUGAAACAUUUACAGGGUAUUAUGUCUUCGCACUGGGUGUUUCGAGAUUCUUGGCUUUGGCUCAUUGGAUCAUUCGGUUCUAUGAGACUGGAGGGGCGUAUUUAUUUUUGGUAGGGAGUGGAUAUUUCUGGUUCAUGGCAGCCUUCCUCUCAGAAAUGGUUCAGUCAUUCAUCUUGGCUGAUUUCUGCUACUAUUAUGUCAAGAGCAUCAUGCAAGGACAGCUUUUGAGGAAGAUGCCUGUGUAGUGCAAUUAUCUCCCAAGCGACAUUGUAAAUGAAUGUCCAGUGCUAGAAAGUUAAAGCAUACAGUGACUUUAAGGCCGAUUGUUUGGUUUGUCAUUUUAUAUUUGAUUUUCAAAUCUCUCAUGUUUUUUAGCUUUCAAGGUGUUCAACUUUACAAUGACAUUUUAUAUUUUUGAAAAAAAACUAAUCUUUUAGUCUCUUAAGUUUUAAUUCACUUAAGAUUCGGUCAUUUAAUUACGACUCACUGUGACUAAGUUCUUGAA